ACACAGUGCAUCACCGAUCAACAGAAAGAGCCAAAGAUGUCGGCUCGGUCAUGUGAUCAGCUGUGUCCAAUCACAGCUGAUCACAUAAGUGCUACCUGUCAGUGUCCAUCAGUGCCAGCUGUCAGCGCUCAUCAAUGCCACCUGCCAGUACCCAUCAGUGCCACAUCAAUGCCACAUAUCAGUGCCCAUCUGAGCUGCCUUUCAGUGUCACCUAUCAGCGCCAGUCAGUGCCACCUAUCAAUGCCAGUCAGUCCUACCUAUCAGUGCUGCCAGUCAGUGCCGCCUAUCAGUGCCAGUCAG